AUGAGGAUGUUGGACAGUCUCAGCAGAGGCACCGUCUCUUCUUCAGGUGCCAACGUAGCCCCUAAAGGAAGGUUCAUCUAUGUGAAGGCUUUUCUCCAAGGAGGAGCUCCGUGGGGAUUUACUUUGAAAGGCGGACUGGAGCACGGGGAACGAUUAAUCAUCUCCAAGAUUGAAGAAGGAGGGAAGGCAGAUUUACUGAACACCAAGCUACAGCCCGGAGACGAAGUGGUGAACAUCAAUGAGGUGGAGCUAAGUAGUUCCCGGCGGGAAGCCGUCUCCUUGGUGAAAGGCUCAUACAAGACACUGAAGCUGGUGGUCCGUAGAGACACUUUUGCAGUGGACGGACACAUUGACAUCACCGCUUCCCGUUCUCUCAGCUCGGAGUGUCUCGGGUCUGACUCGCAGUACACGAAGACAGCAUGGCCGAGUGGAUUUAAGCUACGGCUGAGGAACAGACGGAGCGAUCCCGGGGGGCGACCACACUCUUGGCAUUCUGCCAAGGUUGCAGAGAACCCCCCCGAUCUCAGUAUGAUGCAAAUAUCUCAGGGCAUGAUUGGCACUCCUUGGCACCAAGCCUACCAUUCCAGUUCCUCCACCAGCGACCUCUCCGGCUAUGACCAUGGCUACCUGAGAAGAAGCCCUGACCAGUACAGCUCCAGAGGAAGUAUGGAGAGUCUGGACCAUACCCCCGCAGGGUACUCCCAUCCGCCCUUCCACCUGUCACCCACCAAAUCCACCAAUAGUAUCGACCAGCUUUCCCAUCUCCACAGCAAGAGGGACUCCGCCUACAGCUCUUUCUCCACCAGCUCCAGCAUACCCGAAUAUCCAGCACCCAUGUUCUGCAAGGAACGGUCGUACUCCAUGGAGAAUGUGCAUUCCCGGGUCAGACCACAGGAAGGGGGGAUGCGACAGGCUGAUAUUAGGUACAUUAAAACUGUCUACAAUGCCCAGCGGGGGGUUUCGGAGGAAUACGAGGUGAAGUCUUCUGCUCUUCUGCCCAGCGGUGAGGCCCAGGCUAGAAGUUACAACUCCAGCCGGUUGCACAGCUACAGCCGAGGCCCGCAAACCCGGAGUUCGUCCGACAGCGAGAGCCAGUACGUGAAAGGGCCUCCCAUGCCGCCGACCCGUAGCGAUAGUUACGCCGCAACAAGGCACCACGAGAGGCCCAGCUCUUGGUCUAGCGUUGAUCACAGAAAGCCAUCGAGGGCUCAUUCUAAAGGUGUUUGGCCUCACCUGGGCUCUGGUACUCCUUCUCCUCUGGGGCAUCUCCAGAAAUCUGUAUUCCUCGAAGGACAGCUCCACACUGUGAUGGAAAAGAGCCCAGAGACCAGUCCCACCAUGAAGCCCAAGCAGUUGUAUUCACCGGCGGCUCAGCCGGGGCAGCAUUUGCUUCCGACUGGUGUUUACCCCGUACCGUCUCCUGAACCGCAUUUCGCCCAGAUCCCUCACCCUUCUGCAAGCAAUACUGGGAUGGUUUAUCCAGCGCUUGCCAAAGAGCGUGGGUACGCACCGGCCCCUGCUUCUUCUUCCCCAGACUGCUACGAAAAGACUGCAGCCUGCAGUCAACAUUCUAGCUUGGAUGAGAAUGGAAACCAAAGCAUUCCUAACAAGGCUGCGGUCUUCUACCAUCCUGAAUGCGUGCCGUUGACGGCAGGGAAAAAGAAGGAUGCGGGCGACCCGGCUGCAAAGUUUGCCUCAUACAGAACUCAUCCUCAAGUCUACCCAGCUCCUCCGAGACAGGAUGAGUCAGGGUCCUCAUAUACGGCCACACCCAUAAUCCAGGAAACCACAAGAAAUGCACAGACUGGGAACCACAACUCUCAACCGUGGCUGUCCCACCUGAGGGAUGGGAGUGACGGCAAACCUGUCUGCCAGUCUAAGGGCUACGGAGGAGGAGGGCGCCAGGAGGAGAGGACUGCCAAGUCACAGAAAAGUGAGCGAGACUCCCCGGCACAAAACCAAUGGAGCUCCAUUAAGGCCAAACAGUAUAGCUUUUCAUCCUUGCAAAACAUCCCGGAGAGUACUAAAUUGCAAAAUAACUCGGAUCCAAGGGAGAUGGAACUAUGCCGGAGCUGCUCGGAUGCCAAACGGCAUAAUGUGAAUAAUGGCAGCCAAGCCGAGAGAGACUAUCAUCGGCAGGUCCCUGACUACUGGCAGGAUAGAGAGUGGCAGGCCUUGGAAAAACACCAUGACGGAUUUGCCGGCACGGGGCACGCCCGCGAACGGACCCAUAGUGCAGAGCCAAAGUACGAUGAACUUCCUUCUCCGUUGCACCCAAAGACAUCAGACUGCAGUGUUCGCCGGCUUAGUUCGAGCAGCACCCAAAGCUUCCAGAGCUCUCAGAAUGGGAAAGUGGAAUCUAGAAAGGCCCGCUGUUCUGUUCUGGAGAAGGUCAGCAAGAUAGAGCAGCGUGAACAAGGCAGCCAGAGGUCUCAGAGUUCAAGUGUGAACCAUUUCGGCCAGAAUUAUGUGUCAAACAAGCCCAACCUUAAUACCAUCGAGGACAUCCAAAACAGGCGUAACUCCCAAGAGCAUGGCCAGUGGCUGGGUGAACACUGCAAGCCGGGCAACAGUACCGCCUCAGAAUCGAUCCCCCAUAUGCAAUAUCCAAGUGAGAAAGCUGUCAUCAGGCCAGAGCGGGCGAGCUGGCAUUCUGCGGAGCAACAGAUGGGAGCGACAACUGAUGUAGCAGCCGUGCCAACACGGCAGAGCGUCUACCAUGGUGAAAACGAGCCUCAGAAACUGGCGCCGCAACUGCAGCGGAGCAGAAGCACAUUCCAGUUGAUAGAAGAGCCUGAGAGGGAGAUCUUGUGGAAGGGGAAUGUCCAGGACUUGAAUGGAUUGCAGCUGGACACCCCCUUUAACAGGGCUUACAGGAACAGCAUCAAAGAUGCCCAGUCGAGGGUCUUGAGGGCCACGUCCUUCAGGCGCAAGGACCUCAACAUCAGCCCUCUGUUUGGAAAUGAGGCCAAGAGGAGUGUCCAUCGGCCGGCUUCAGCCCACGUCGGGGUGAGGAGCGCGGCAGCAUCUCCACAUACCCCGAAGGAGAGACACAGCAUCACUCCAACGGAGACCAAGUUGGGUUACGCCAACCAGGAGGGCCUUCCUGGACCUCUGCAGGUGUCCCGCAUAGGGGGCAGGAAGCGCCUGACUGCGGAGCAGAAGAAAAGGUCUUACUCUGAGCCGGAGAAGAUGAACGAAGUGGGCGUGUCCGACAGCGAGCUCUCCCCCUUCUCUCUCCAGAAGAAAGCCCUCCAUUUUGUUUUCCCAGAGAACACGGUGGCCGACCGACGCAAGAUCUUUGAGAGGGAGAACAAGGCCUGCUCCACCGUCAAUCUUUCCAAACCGGAGCUGAAGCAGUUGCAGCAAAACGCCCUGGCUGACUACAUUGAACGUAAGACCGGGAAGCGUCCUUCUUCCGCCUCACAGGACACCAGUGUCCUCCACGAGGGCUCCCAGACCCCGUUCCUGCAGACAGGCGCUCCGGACGGCCAGUCUCUCUCAUCAGCUUCCAGCAUGAAUUCUCUUCAGGACCUGAAUCUGUACCAUCGUAGGGAGUCCCUAGAGCGGGUCUCUAGAACCGGGCGUGGCCUUGGCGCCGCCCCUUCGGGGCUUAUGGGCUGCUUCGAUGUCAGUGGGAUUGAGAACAGAAAGGGCCCCCCUAAUAACAGCGACAGCAGCAGCAGCUCCUUUCCCAGUAGGCUGAAAACAGACCGGCGUCAGGAUCCCAGAGCGAAUCCAGACCUCACUAAAGGCACUCAGACGGAUCAACUGGAUGUAUGCACCCAAACGUACUGUGACAACCAAGCUCCGGAGAAGAAGCUUGCUCAUGCCAAGAAGCCUGGGAAAUCAGCGUCGGCAGAGGACUUGCUGGACAGAUCAGAUAGCCAAGGGGUUCCUGUGCACGUUCGAUCCCGGUCUUCUCCGACAGCUGAUAAGAAAUGCCAGGACUUGCUGGUGGGAGACAGGACCGAGUUCAGCCAUUUUGUGAAAGACCCUUUCUAUGUGGUGGAUGCUAGUACACGUUCGUUCUGCAGUAAAGAGAGGAGUCAGAUGGAGAAGACGGCGUUUGCCCGCUACUACCCUCACCCUCAGCAUAGCAGCGGGAGCGUCAGUAACGCAUCCCCACUGAAUGACGGCCCGAAAGCCCCGGAUCUCCUCAAACAUCCCAGCAGAAUGUCAGCGUUCGCCCCACUGCCGUUGGAUACAAACAGUCCCUGCUCUGACCCUAAGCAAAGCUCCAGGCCGGUUGUUCCUUCCAGAUCUGGUCAGCCCACCACAAGCAAUGCUGGGGAUUCCGCACCAGCUCUUGUAGAUUCUCAGGCUGUUGGAGAAGGCCGCGAAGUAAGAUGGCCGCCCAGACCUGACAGAGAUGACAGUGGUAGAGUUCAAGCCCAGGUUCUGGACAAUGGGGGCGGCCCUCUCAGAGAUUCUGCAGAAGAGAACCCUUGCCUAUGGAAGGCCGCCGUGCCUCAGAGGCACCUCCCAACAAACGCCAAAUGGGUUCAUUCGGUCAAAGACGACAGCAUCCCAAAGAACGCCGUAUCUCCUCAGGCAUUUGGGCAGAAGGUCUUCCAGCGCUGGCAGAGCCUUCCCUCUCAGAGCAGCUCUUCCUCUGAGCCAGAGACUCUUUCCGGCCAAGGAAGACUCUCACUCCGCAUCUCGGAGUCGUACCUGCAGAUGACCCCUCCGCCGUUCCAUCGGGAAGAAGACGACGACGACGUUUUCAUCCAAGAGGCGGAGCCUCCUGCCGCCGUCACCGAAUCCAAGCGUUUGUCCCCUCUGCUUCCGCCUCCACCUCUACUUCCCGUAUGGAGUUCCAGCACUACGGCAAGCUCUGCAGAUGAGUUUCCACCUUCUAGUGUCGCUGCACUGGAACUGGAUGAAUCGGCAACGGACAAAGCUGCACGUCUCGGAGAAAAGGGGUCGCCGGAAAGGAACUUCAAAAGAUUUCCCAGGAGCCUCGGCGAGACGGAGAAAGCGGGAUCGAAUGCCACCAUCAGCAGGAGUAGCUGGGUCGCUCCAACUCUGCUCGGGACCUCAGGACCCAAAGGAAAUCGCCCUGUGCCUUCCCUGGAAGCACAACAGCAGCCGCUAGCCGCUCGAGAACCUGUUAUCGAGGCCCCCGUCAGUCAGCCUAGAGAGCCCGUCGUCACGAGUAAGGCAUACGAAAACGGUGGGCUCGGCCUCGAGGGUCGCUCGGGGAAGGAGAAGACUCCGGAAGACAUCAAGGAAGAGGCCUUGGCCAAGGAGAUCGUCCACAAGGACCGGUCCCUGGCCGGCAUCCUGGAUCCGGACGCCAAGAUGAAGACCACCAUGGACUUGAUGGAAGGGAUAUUCCCUAGUGGAGCCAGGACAUCUAAGGAGGACAAAAGGAGGACGGUUACGCAGAAAAGAACGGCGGGUCCUUCUGCCCCCCAGGAUGACAACAGAAAAGAGGAGGAAGAAGAGAAGGAAGCUUCCACGGCUCUGCUUCCCUGCCCUGCUUACUUCAGCGUGUCCGCACCCAAAGCCGAGCUCCUGAACAAAAUCAAAGAUUUGCCGGAGGCAGUAGGGGGAGACGAGGAACAAGUGGACGUCAGCGAGAAGAAGGCCGAACUCAUCGAGAGCUUGUCCCGCAAGCUGGAGACUCUGAAAGAAGCCAAGGAGAGCCUGCUGGCAGACGUCAAGCUCAACAACACCCUGGGAGAGGAAGUGGAAGCUCUGAUCAGCAGCUUAUGCAAGCCCAACGAGUUCGAGAAAUACAGGAUGUUCAUUGGGGACCUGGAUAAGGUGGUGAGCUUGCUGCUUUCGCUCUCGGGACGCCUGGCCAGGGUGGAGAACGUCCUCAGCAACCUCGGCGAAGACGCGGAUAAUCAGGAAAGGAGCUCUCUGAACGAGAAGCGGAAGAUGCUGGCUGGCCAGCACGAGGAUGCCCGUGAGCUGAAGGAGAACCUUGACCGGCGGGAGCGGGUGGUCUUGGACAUUUUGUGCACUUCUCAGCUUCAAGAUUACCAGCAUUUUGUGAAGAUGAAGUCCGCGCUGCUCAUAGAACAGCGGGAGCUCGACGACAAGAUCAAACUGGGGCAGGAACAGCUCAAGUGCCUUUUGGAGAGCUUGCCCGUGGACUACGCCCUUCGGAGCAAAAAAGCAACGGAGAACCCGGCACCCGCGGGUACCUACCAGAGCAGCAACAGACCUCAGCCACCAGCAUCUUCACUCUGACCUUACCCAGACGGGUCUCCGUCGAACUCUUCUUCUCAAAUUUAUUUAAUCAGAGACAGCUUUUAACCUUUUUCGAAUUGACGGCAGGUUUAAUUUUUUUUUUAAUUAACGUAUGAAAAACAAACAGCAUGGAAAGCUUUUCUUUUUUUUCUUCCGCCUGUGAUCGCAGGCCCCUCGCAAGAUACUCGUGGGGAAAGGAACCGAAUCAUUGCGGCUAACAGAGGUGGGAAGGAGGCGGCCCAUUAUCCUGGCAGGCGAACUCAUUGGAAACAA